AAGAUACAAUUCAUUACCAAGUCACCUUCAACUGAGCCUGAAUAGCCCUUCUAUCGAUUGAUAAAGAAUUAUUUGCGACCUCAAAUACAGACGUCACCAUGUCUUUCCUAUUCGGCGGUCGUCCCCAGCUCUCUUCGGAACAGAAGAUUGCUGCAGCAGAAACAGAAGUCGAGAUGGUUUCUGAUUUGUUCAAUCGUCUAACACAAUCCUGCACCAAGAAAUGCAUUCCCCCCGAAUACCGAGAAGGCGAAUUGAACAAGGGCGAAUCCGUCUGCCUCGAUCGCUGCGUCUCCAAGUUCUUCGAAGUCAAUAUCAAGGUUAGCGAGAAGAUGCAGGGUGAGGCUGCCAAUAGACAAGGUGGCGGUAUGGGUGGAUUUGGCAUGUAAGAUUGGGAAAGCAAUUUUUUGUGAUAGUGAGAUGGAUCGGAUCAGCAAGGCAAAAAACGGAUUUCUCUGGUUGACUGUUGUUGGGCUUUAUCUCUCUGGAUGAGAACGAUUCUCUACUCUGUUGUAUUUCAUAUUGCAAUUGCGCAGAAAGCUGGCCGGAUUCGGUUAUUUGCGCUUGAGAGGUAUAUACCUUGGUAUAAUGUACAAUACAAUUGAUAUGAUAAGAA